AUGAGAAAGCACAUGGAUCCCCAUUUAAAGGUGGAUGUGAAUGCUUCUAGUGGAUCGUCGGCCAACGCUGCUUCGACAUCAGAUGCCGAAGUGUCAACGCCGCCUCAACCCACAAUGCCACCGCCUUCCAACAACUGGAAUCGAAUUAAUUCCCCAGAUGCAGUGAGUCCCAGACCGAAUGAAGUCAAAUGCUACAGUCCCUACCCCCAGGAAGACGGACCGUUCGUGGAACAGUGUUUACCAUACGUUCGAGCGAGUGCUUAUAAUUGGUUCCAUCUACAGGCGGCAAAACGAAAGCAUCCGAAAGAUCACGAAAAACGGAUGAAUGCAGAUGAAGAGAACAAGAAGCUGGCUGAAUUACAGAACGAUUCUGACGAUGCGAAAGUAGUAUGGGCGUCGAGGCUGCUCAACAAGCUUCGCAAAGAUAUUCGUGCUGAUUACAAGGACGCAUUCAUUUCAGUUGUUUCUGGAAUCGAGCCCGACAAAUGCGUUCUCACUGUUCCAGAUCAAAGAGGCAAAAUGCGGCGCAUUGAUAUCCUGCGCCAGUCUGACAAAGUAUGGCGGCUAGACCUUGUUACUAUAAUUUUGUUCAAGGGAAUACCUCUCGAAAGUACCGAUGGUGAAAGGUUGGAGAGAGUUGAAACCUGCUCGAAUCCGUUAUGUAUCAACCCGUUUCAUUUAUCGAUUUCUGUUCGCGGAUUGGAUAUUUUCAUGGCAACAUAUCUGAAGGAUGUGAACACCAAAAUUACAUACAAUGCCAUACCGCCGGAUAUUCACGCGAUGAUAAAGCAAGAGCCUGGCGAGCCAUUAACCUCUGCAGCCCAUAUGUGGGGUCCGAAUGCAGAUUCUUCUGACCCUAUCGUGCUUUCCUAUGAUCCAAUAAAAGCAUGCCAUACAUAUUUUGGUGGUCGAGCUACUCUUCAACAACCUAAUUCUUACGCUAACUUAGAGAAUAAAAACGCUAUCGACAAUAACUAUUUCGAUCCAAAGCGCUCAGUCUUGUGUCUGCCACCUCCUCCACCACUGAUUACCACAGAAUUACCUACUGAUGAACUGCCUACUGAUAAUCAGCCUCUGGAAAUUUGCGAAGAUUCAAACGAUGUUCCCUCGAAAAACUCAGAUGAUUCGCCGAAUUCCAGCACCAAUCAAGAAGUCACGAGUAUAAACAGCAAUCAGGAAUAUAAAGAGCGAUUGAUGCUCGGGCAAAAUAGCUCGAUUUGGCAGCCUCAAGGAAACUAUAAUCUCGGCGGCAAUAGGACCAACAGACAGGAGAACCAAAUCGCGGACUAUCAAAGUCAAGAACCAAUAAAUCAUGUUUAUCGUACAACGAAGCCGGUCCGACGAAUCAGAGUUAACGCCGGAACUCAUGGAGAUGUCGGAGUGUUAGUGGUUGAUGAGAGAAAUCAUCCCGAUCCUCAAACUCACGCUCAAAACAUAGUAAACGCUCUGACAUCUAUUUGCACAACACCAACUCAAUCCGGAAGAAAACGAACGCAUACUGGUGUCCAGAGCCCGUACGAAUUUUUGAAUCGUAGCUCUGAUUUGCUUGACAGUAUUCUAGACGGUAAUGGAACGGGAAGUGAUGUGUCACCACCACACGCAGCAGUAUCCAAUUUGAUUAGUCGAGAAAGUAACGGUUUCAUGGGUAGUCCAACGAAAUUCACAACAGCCAGAGGAGAUACGACAAGUUUUAGCAAAAUAUUACAAAAGAUAGAAGAGAAGCAUGGUCAACAGCUACUUCAAAAUCAACCAUCAACCAGUGGAGCUCCUCCGGUAAAAAUGACGUCCAGUCCAGUCGAAGCUGGCUCUGUAAGAUUAGUUGCUCCAAUUGCUUUGAAACCAACUAUGAUGUCGAUGUCUGGUUGCAAUUCAAUCGUCGUUUCACCAAUCACAACACCUCGAAUAACUCCUUUCCGUGGAUUAGAAGACGAUUCUUUGAUCAACGCACUCGGCCUUGCAAACAGCAACGACGGCUCACUACACGAAAACUUCCUGCAGCAUUUCAUCGAGUCCAACUCUCGAUCUCCGUUGCUAAACGGUCCUUCCUCCUUUUCAGCUCUCGCAAUGGGUAAUAUGGGAAGAGUUGGAAAUCCUCAACACGUUCGGCCUGAGAGUUCUACUAGCAACGGAUCAAACUCUCUGAGAACAGCAAUGGGACUCAUCGCUCCGCCAACCAUCUCUCUCACAGUUUCACAGCCGACAACUAUACCAGCUCUUCAUCAGCUGCGAAUGGGCGUCGUGGUUCCCUCCGCAUGUUCUCCGUCAUCAUCAAACUCCUCGUUGGAAGAAGAAGCCGCGAAUCAAGCUCCGAUCUCGAAUGCACCGAUAGAUCCCAACGCUCCGAAACUGCCAACAGACUUUUCGCAAGCUCUUCGCGACGAGAAAAAAUAA